AUGCCGUUCUCUGACAUCGUAAGCAUUGAGAAAAGGACUACUGCUUUUGUGAUUCCAAAUGCAAUUUUGAUCACUACUGUUAAAUCAAAGUACUUAUUCGCUUCAUUCAUAUUUCGUGAUGGCGCAUAUGAUCUAUUCGAAAAAUUAUGGAAACGUUCAAACUCUGUCUAUGGUCAUAGACAUAGUUCAUCUGACGGUAGCUCUGAUGGUACUGAUGGUUCUCGACUUUGUGUAAAUAACAUUAGUUGCGAUAGUAAUUCUUAUAAUUCGGGCACUGAAACUGAAUAUACUAAAGAUUCCGAGAACGAAAAACCAAAACCUUCACGUAAUGGAAGAUUCAUGUUACCACGAUUAAAUUUGAUUUCAAGACAGUCAUCUCGAAAUUUUGAUCAAGAUGAUAAGACCACUGUAGAGAAUAAUAAUACUACUGUAGAGAAUACAGAGAAUACAAAUACUAUUCAAUCUUCUCAAAAAUUUUUUUGGAAGAAUAAGAAAGAUUUAUCAGUAAAUGAUGUGAAUAAUGUUAGUGAUUAUGGAAAUACUUCCGAUUCUAAUUCAAAAUCGAAAUUUCCUACUACCUUAAAAGUUUUACCUCCAAAAUUGUCAAAUCUUCCAAAAUUAUCAAUUAAUCAACAAUCUCAACCUUCUAAUGAAAUUAUACAAUCUAAAGAUACUAAAUGUAAAUGCCUUCAACAAAAUGAACAUUCUUCAUCUAUAAUAUUGGAUACAAAGUUUACUGGUAAUGUUGAAAAGAUUUUUACAAUCUUAUUUGAUAGUAAUUUUAUACCUGAAUUUAUAAGAAAACUUGAGAAUAAUAAUGAUGCGGAAUUUGGUGAUUGGUCAACGAAUGAUAAUGGAUUUAUGAUUAGACAUUCUAGUUAUACUAAAAGAUUAGAUUAUGCUAUUGGUUUAAAAAGUACUAAAUGUUAUUUAAAAGAUGAAAUUUUAUAUAAAGACUUUAAUGACUAUGUAACAGUAAUUACCACAACAAAAACACCUGAUGUUCCGUCAGGAAAUUCUUUUUGUGUAAAAACUAGAACUUGUUUAAUGUGGGCUGGUGUGAAUAAAACACGAGUUAUUGUUACAGCGAACGUAGAUUUUUCAAAGAGAACUAUUUUAAAAGUACCAAUAGAAAAGGGUGCAAUAGAUGGUCAAUGUAAUUAUUUCAAAUUAUUAGAUAAAGCUCUUCGAAAACAUGUACUCCCAAAAUAUACAGAUUUUGUAGAACAUCAUCAACCUUUAAAAGAUGAUGAACAUAAAAUAAGUCAACAAUCAAGGACACAUUCACUUAGAUCAAAACGUGGUUCAACUCAUCAAAGAAAUACAUCUCGUAGACUUUCACAAAUAAGUUUACAAUUUCGAAAAAUUCAAAAUGAGGAUGAAAAUAUUUGUUUAUCACAAUCAAAUUUAAUAUCAAUAUUUUCUAAAAUUUUAGAAAUAAUAACAUUUUUAAUUGGAAAAUUAAGAAUACCUAGUUUUGAAACAUUAUUAAUAUGGAUAAUAUUAAUUAGUCUUUGUAUAAAUAUUUGGAUUUGGAUAAGUAUGAGAGAUAUUAAUUAUAAAAUUGAAAAUAUUGUGGUUCAAAGACAAAAUUUUGAUUCUGAAUUUUAUUAUAAAAAGAUUAUAGUAAAUAAUAAUAAUGAUAUGUUUAUACCAUCUUCUUCAUUUAUUGAUGUUGAUGAUAAUUUAACAAAAAAAAAAGGAACGGCAUUCGGAGCGUUUGGUGGUUCCUUAAAGAAUUUCACAGCCACCGAAUUAGGAGCUUUCGCUGCAUCAGCUGCAAUAUCAAGUCUUAAAAAAAAAAUUCCAAUAGAUUCAGUAUAUUUUGGAAAUGUUUUACAAACAGAUAAUACAGCACCAUAUCUAGCACGUCACGUAGGUUUAAGAGCUGGUCUACCAGUAGAAGUACCAGCUUUAACUAUAAAUCGAUUAUGUGGAUCUGGUUUUCAAGCUGUAAUUAAUGCAGUUCAAGAUAUUCGAUCAGGUGAUUCAAACAUAGUAUUAACUGGUGGUACUGAAAAUAUGAGUAAAUCAUAUUAUACUUUAUCUGCUGAUCCAAGAUGGGGAGUUAGAUAUGGUCAAGAUUUAAAACUUGAAGAUUCUUUAGCAGCUUGUUUAGUGGAUCAAUUUCCUACUAAAACUCCAAUGGGUGUUACUGCAGAAAAUUUAGCUAAAAAAUUUAAUAUUACUCGUGAACAAGCUGAUGAGUACGCUGAAUUAAGUCAAAAACGUUGGGCAGAUGCUGAUGCUGCUGGACGUUUUUCUGAUGAGAUAAUACCAAUCGAAAUUAAAACAAAAAAAGGCCCCACAUUAUUUUCUAAAGAUGAACAUCCACGUCCUCAAACAACUAUUCAAUCAUUAUCUAAACUUCAAUCUGUAUUUAUUAAAGAUACUGGUACAGUAACUGCGGGUAAUGCAUCAGGUAUUAGUGAUGGAGCAGGAGCAAUUAUUGUAGCUAGUGAAGAUGCUGUAAAUAAACAUGGAAUAGAACCUUUAGCACGUAUUGUUAGUUACUCUGUAAGUGGAGUAGAACCUACUAUUAUGGGAAUAGGACCUGUACCUGCAAUUCAAGAAGCAUUGAAAAGAGCUGAUCUUAAACUUUCUGAUAUGGGAUUGGUGGAAGUUAAUGAAGCUUUUGCUCCUCAAUAUUUAUCAGUAGAAAAAGAAUUGGGUCUUGAUCGUAAUAUUACUAACGUUAAUGGUGGUGGUAAGUACUUAAUAUCGAUACAAGGAUUGCAUUAUUUUUGUAAUGACUAUAUUAAUAUAUUUUGUGAUUUUUACCCUGUAGCCAUUGCUCUUGGACAUCCGUUAGCUGCGUCGGGAUCACGAAUUUCCGUAAUUCUUGAACGUGUUUGA